AGGACGCUGAACACUGCUCGCACUACAAUCCCCUUAAGCUGGAGAAAUCAGCUGGGAGAAAGAAUCUUUACUUGUCAAACGAUACAUCAAGCCUCACCUGUCAAACACUACAUUAGCGUUUGCGGAGCCAGAACUUAUAUUUAAUUUACGGGAUGAACUCCACGACAAAUUCAGAAACUGCACAGCUGCGUCAUGUCGUACAAGUGGUGGUCACAGUGAUCUUCAGCUUAAUUUUCGUCCUGGGAAUGAUGGGGAAUGGUACAGUUAUUUGGAUAACUGGCUGUCGACUGCAGAGGAGCAUCAACACAGUUUGGUUUUUCAAUCUAGCCCUGGCUGAUUUUAUCUCCACCUUUUUGGUCUUGGUCACUGUCCUAUACUUGUUACUGGAUCUCCACUGGCCUUUUGGACCAAUUCUGUGCAAAUUAGUUAACUGCAUAUUCGGUCUUACAAUCUAUGCCAGCAUCCUCCUGCUAAGUGCUAUCAGUAUUGACCGCUGUAUUCUGGUGAUUUUCCCAGUCUGGUGCCAAAAUUAUCGCAACCCCAGAAUGGUAUCAAUUACUUGCUUGGUGAUUUGGUUAGUCUCUGUUGCCCUGGUGCCUGGCUCCUAUACCCUCUCCGAGAUGUCCACGGAAAGCAACCGUAGCUCCUGCAAGAACCUUGAUGUUUUUGAAGACUGGGAAAAAAGAGAAGCUGCCAUCUUCACAGUUUGCAUUUUCCUCUACCAGUUUCUAGUACCCCUAUGUGUUAUAUUGAUUUCUUAUGCCAUCCUCCUACUUACAUUACAUAAGAAAAAACUGAACAGGUCAAGCAAACCAUUUCUUGUUGUUACAGGAGUGGUUUUCUCUUUCUUUCUCUGUUGGCUUCCCUAUCAUGCCUUGGCAUUGACUCGUGUCUUUCUGGGAAGCCUUCCAGUUUUGGUUAAUUUGGUAGCUGUACCACUGUCCAAGUGCUUAGCAAUGUUUAAUAGCUGUAUUAAUCCAAUACUCUAUGUAUUUAUCGGAAGAGAAUUCAAAGAUGCUGUAAAGAGGUCAUUGACACAAGUCUUUAAAACAGUUUUUGAGGAAACUCCGCAAUAAACAAAACAAUGUCAAUGUUUACAGACUCAAAACACUAUUACGGGACAGAAGUUGUACAUCCUUUGACUGCAAAACCUUUACCAGUAUAUAUAUUUGGACAUUGCUGCUACUAGACUGUAGUGUAUGGAUUAAACUGACUGAAACAACUUUAAUCAUGUUUGUGUUGGCCAAUGACAUUGAUCCACUCUAUUGUUGUGCAAGAACGAUUUUGACCAUCUGGAGAAGUUUUGUGUGCAGUAGUCAGGGAAACAGUUUGCAAAGAUGUAUAGAUGACUUGUACUUAUUGCUGUCACUUUGGAGCCAAGAAUUCAAUAUAAUUCCUACCAUAAUUUUCUCUGGUUCAUGAUAUGGAUGUAUUUGUAGAAAGUUACGUACUGUAUUUGUGUCAUGAACUAGGAAUUUGAAGUCAACACUCGGUGUCUCAAGAUCACUAAAUCCAUAGUCAUCAUUUGUAAAUGAAUUGUAAUUUCAAGGCUCCUCUGCAAAGUGAAUUCAUUCAAGAAGCUUACUAUUUGUAUUGUGUAAUAAUUUGUAACAGUGCCAUAACUGUAUUACAUACAUGGACCUCAUUGCAAAGUGCAUUUUUUCUGGUUAAGUCAAAUAAAUUAUCUGUGUAUACUGUGAAG